AUGCCCAAGGCCACCAACGCGAACCUAGAUCGAUAUCGACGCACUCCCCAUCUAUUCCCAAUAUACUCGGUGUUCCACCAAUUCCGUGAUGUCGGUGCCGCGUUUACAGGCAAAGGAACCGAUCCCGCUAAUCGACAUUUCUCAUUCCAUCGGCCACCGCCAGUCGACAACGAUCCAACAGAGAUCUCACAGCAUUUCAGAGCCAACUUGCAACAACUAGCGAGUGCGAUGGGCUUCGAGCCGGGAAGUCUGCUGCUUCCCAAUGGCGCCUGGCCGCAUUCAGGCCACGCGAUCAUAGCGGAGGAUGAGGAAUAUACGUGGAUCGAGAAUGAGGCGUCGGGAACAUUGAUGCCUGUCGUCACCAAGACGACACAAGUCGUCACAUACGACGCCAUUGCAAGUCGGUCGUCCAGACAUGUCCUGGCCGUUCAAGGUGCCGAUUGUCCGGCAAUAUUCCUGUAUGACCCCUGCGCUCGAGUGAUGGGCUUGGCCCAUGCAGGUUGGAAGCCUCUUGUGCGCAACGUCGUGGGCAAUGUACUCGAAGCCAUGGUCCAACUGGGAGCUCAUCAGCGGAACAUUCUGGCGUACAUCUCUGCUGGUGCCGGUGAUCAAUAUAAUGUCUUCAAAUGGGACGAGGACAUGGAGGACUCGGUGACGGAUGUCUUUGUCCAAGGGGGCCGGAGUGAUUUGUUGGGCGAUACCACGAUACGCCACGAGAUGACUGCACAGGAUUGUGCAAGACUUCAAGCCGCACUUGGCAGCCGACAAACAGAUACGGUUGAGGAGGUAAAGGCAACAACCACGAGCUUCAAGCUCUCAUAUUUAGCUCGGACGGAGCUCAUUCGUUGUGGCAUCUCUGAGUCCAACAUCUCAUGCAAUGAGGAGUCGACUAUUGUUGAACGGUAUUUGUCGCCUGAUCGAGAAAUUUCGGGAUUGAUGAAAUACCACUCAUAUCGACGCGAGUGUCCGCACCAUGGACUGAGCAUAAGCGUCUUGUUUUUGAAGUGA